UCUAUAACAAUAUAAGAAGCGAUAUUUGUAACAAAUUUAUUGUUGUAUGUAUUAAGAAGUUCAUCUUUUCUGAAUAGAUUUAAGACUAUAAUGUUAUAAUAUAUUUAUUAUUCAAGUAAAAUUUCUGGACAAUCUGUGUUUUAUAAUUUCUAAAGGAAUGUAAAUUCAUUAUAAAAUUAAAAUAGAAAACAUUGCACAUUGAAAAUGGAGGUGUCUAAUAACACCGACGCUGUAAAUCUUGGCGUUGGUGAAGUCGAAGCAGAAAUUGGAGAAGAAUUAAAACAGUUAGAAGAGGGUAAAGAUUAUGACACUCGAAGCGAAGUAUCUAGUUCUUCAUCAAGUGAUUCAAGUACGCCAAGCAUAAGUACAGUCAGCAGCAAUAAAUCUAAAGUUAGACGUGCUAAUCGUAAACGUACUAAAUCUGACAGCCAUUCUCCUGUUCAGACCAAGCGACGUUGUGUUACUUCGACUAAUUCAAAGAUCAAAACCUAUGAUUAUAUGACAAAACUAAAUUACUUAUUUAGAGAUACACGGUUCUUUCUUAUAAAAUCAAACAAUGCCGAAAAUAUAACACUGUCAAAAGCAAAAGGUGUAUGGUCAACUUUACCCCAAAAUGAAGCAAAUUUAAAUCAAGCUUUUAGAGAAUCUAGAAAUGUGCUACUAAUAUUCUCUGUUAAAGAAAGCGGUAAAUUUGCUGGUUUUGCUAGACUAGCAAGUGAAUCUCGUAGAGAUGUCCCUCCAAUAUCUUGGGUACUUCCUCCUGGACUUUCUGCAAAAGUUUUAGAUGGAGUAUUCAAAGUGGAUUGGAUUUGCAGAAAAGAACUGUCUUUUAGCAGUACACUUCAUUUGUACAAUCCCUGGAAUGAGGGUAAACCUGUGAAAAUUGGCAGAGAUGGUCAAGAAAUCGAACCUAAGGUUGCUGAAGAAUUGUGUAGACUAUUUCCUGAAGAUGAGGGCAUAGAAAUGACACCCAUAUUAAGAAAAUCUAAAGAGGCUUCUAAGAAAGCUUAUUUAAAAAGCGGGGGUAGCUAUAGGACAUACAGAGCACCUUUGGCCUCCAGAGGAACAAGCUACAGAAAUCGAAUGAAUUCAUCUUCAAGAAGUAGAAGAAAGCCCUUUAUUUCCCCCAGGAAUCGAUUAGGAUCUUCCUCUUUUAAGAGGAGAUCACCAUCACCAUAUAUGAGAGAUCGAUUACCUUCAUGGUAUGCACGUAACCGUGAAACUUAUAACAAUACUGGCUCUGCCGCAGCAGAAGCAUAUGUUGCAGAAUACAUGCGCUCUAUGCAUCAUCAACUGCCUCCAUUGCCAUAUGUACCUCCACCUGGAUUUAGCGGGGCUAUUGCUACAUAUGAAGGUUUGCCACCUCCACCACCACCACCCAGAUACUAUGAUUUAGCUGAUUAUCCUCGUUCAGUCCUUGUUUAUGACAAAAGGUCAUAUGAACGUUCAGUAGAUGAAUUUUUAUGGCGAACCUCUGACCGCUCACAUGGUCGCAGUCGGGAACGUGAAUCACAUAGAUCAUAUAGAGAUCGUCGUUAAAGUAAAUAUACCACCGAUGUAUUAAUUAUUUUAUGAAUGCUAAUAAAAAGUUGUGUAUGAA